CGGCUAGCAGGCGAGCGCUCGGGGAAGGCUAGCUGGCUAUCCCGUGUGGAUUUGACGUUUGAUGGUGGAUGUUUAUCAAACAACCGAAGGAGACUGCAGCUCUUGGUGUCGACGAUGGGGGAUUUACCUGAACUAGACCAGAGUCCGAAGUUUUGCAUUACAUCAGAGAGCGUGCUUCUCUGAGCUGCUUUAUCCCAGUGAGGGAGCUUCCAUCAAGGUGCUCCUCGCUCGGCCUGCCUCAAAAUGGAUGCACUGCUGAAUCCUGAACUCAGGGAAAAGACACUUGAUGGUUCGAUCAAGGUUGAAAACACCUCAAAGCAAGUCAUAUUUAAAGGCCUUGCUCCUAGAGUUGUUUUAACAAACCAUCUCCUGCCUAAAGGAACAAAGACUAAAGUGAACCUUGAGGAACAGGGUCGACAGAAGGUCUCUUUCAGCUUCACCCAGUCUAAGAAGCCACGCCAGAAAGUGUUCCUUGUCCCACCAAGUCCAGAGAAAGCUGCAAGUGAAAUUUCUCCUGCAGUGCAAUCUACAAAUCUGCCCUCUGCAGACCUAACAGGACAGAGUGCUGAAAGCAAGAAUGAGCAAAUUGAUCCCUCUGUUGUGGCCACAGCUGUAGCUGAGUCCCAGCCGACACACUCCCCAGUACCCCUCACCUCCAAACCGAAACAUGACAGGGUGCAUUUUAAGAAACAGAUUCUGAGUGUAUCUGUUGUUGAAGAACGUCCCACUGUCAGUGAUGUUUUAAAUGAUACCACCUCAGAGACCGAAGUUUUAAUUAGAUCUUCAGCAAAGAUUGAAGGUGAACCCUCUGUGGCUCUGUUCCAACACGACUCUGUCACUGACUGUUCUGAAAAAGUUAACAUAGAGGAAGGUGCUCAGGAGAAAUUAGACACUCGUCUUAAGGGACCAACUGAUUCCUCCCAUAUUGGGAAAGAGUGUAAGGAUAGUAUUUCUGAGCCUGAACACAGCAAAAAUGUCCGUCAGUCCGACCAUAUCCUGCCAGGUUCUGACUUUGAUGGCGAGUCUGUUCGGACAUCAUCUACCCAAAAGACUAGUGAUUCCAAGAAUGUGGCAAAGUGUGAUAGUCAGAGUGCUGUUGUUAAGAAGUCCUCGAGCUCCAGAAAUGAAGUCUCAGACAAAUCCAGAUCUGAUAAGAGAGAGGAGAAAGAUGAAAAAGGGUCUAGUCGAUGUAAAUCAGAUAGAGACACUAGACACACAUCCUCACGAUCUUCUCGUUCUGACCGAAGGAGGACCAAGAGUCGGUCACGGUCUAGAUCACGAAGUUCUCGAACAAGUUCUUCCUACUCCAGAUCUGAGAGAUCAAGAAAUGAAAGACAGUCAAGGUCAGAUAGGUCACAUUACCAUGAUUCCGAAAGGAGAGCCCACAGAAGUUCACGUGAACGGAGGAGGUCCCGCUCACGAGGUGAUGGCAGAUCUCGGGACAGCUCUGACUCUGAAGAUGACCUCAGGAAGCCCAGGACUCGAGGCAGUGAUUCAAGCCGGUCCUCCACAUACUCUAGCUCACAAAGAGAUUCAAAGACAUCCUCUAAUUCAAAAUCCUACAGAGACUCAAAAUCUUCUCCUCAUUCAUCAGAAUCAGACAAAAGAACACAAUACUCAAGAACAGAGAGAUCUGGGAGAACUGGUGGCUCUGAACCUAGUAAAAGGAGUUCUCCCGAGACUGAAACCAGUCACAAAAAGUCCAGUUCCCACUCAAAAUCAGAGGUACAUGGUAAAACAUCCAAUUCAAAUAACAUGUCAAGGUCUGAGAAAAAGGUCCAAAAAACCAGUGGGAGUUCUGACUCUGAUGAUGAGCACAAAACGAAAACUCGAUUUCAAGGCUCAGACCGGUCUGUUAGGUUAUCUGUUAAAAAAACUAAUAAUUCAGAGUCGAAGUCAAGUAAUAUUGGAACAGAUGGACAAUUAGUAGCAAAAGUAAAUAUUAAUGCUAAACUUCCACACUUGGGUUCUGACAAAAUCAAGUCUCAGGGAGAAUUCAACAAGGUGGAUGUUUGUUCCCAACAUGAAGAAAGCAGGCAGUCUAAAUUAACAAAUAAUUCUUCCCAACAAAAGCAGCAAGUUAUCCUAAAGGACAGUUUAAAAAGUCAUGUUGAAUUUCAAGGUGUAAACAAAGAUUCCAAUGUUACGGAAAAGUGGCCAGCUAUCAGUGAAGUAAAUAUUAGUAAAUGUCAGGUUACUCUCAAAGACAUUUCUUUAGAGGAUGAUCAACUUGGAAAACAGACAGACAUUCUAAUUCAAAAUAAAGUACAGAUCUUGAAAGAGGCACAGACUAGUGUGGCAAAUGUUGGUACCUUUUUCAAAACUAAUGAUUCUUCUAGCUUGAAUGAGCCACUUUAUCCAGGCUACGCCCCCAGUCAGGAUUCAUUAGGUUCAUUGGCAGACACUCUUUCUGUGAAAGAAUUACCACCUGGAGAAUGCUUGAAACCUAACACUAAAUUUGUUUCCCAGUUGCUUCUCAGUAACGAAGUCAGUAGACUGCCCAUGAAUGUCGAAACCUCUCAAAAAGUAACUGAGCAGUCAGACAUGAAGCCUAAACAGACUAAUGCUGCAGUUAUAAAACAUGUUAAAAAGUCGCGGUGGGAUAUUGUUGGUCAAGACACUGCAGAAAAUCAGACCCCCCAAAAGAAUGAGACUUCCUCUGUGAAAAAGGUCAUUUCAGUUAAGAAAAUAGAAUUUAACAAUGAUGCUAGUCAUGAAGAAAAAUGCUCAAAGAAAGAGAAAUCUAUGAUGGAUUCACUAAAGUCUGAGUUGGACGAGGAGACAGACAAGGCAACAAUGGAUUCUGAGAAAGAAAUCAAGCAAGAUCCUGAGCAAGAGCCAUUUGCUGUUGACGCACAACAAGCCAGUGAUAAAGGUAGUGAUCAUGUAGCUGACCAAUCCCUGGCAAAUCAAGUUACUCUGAAACCUAAUUGCAGUCCAUGUGCUGUUAUUCAUAUUGAUCAGAAAUAUGCCAAUUCUGACAAAUUGAACAGUGACGACUCAUAUAAGCCUUUGACUCAAGAGUGUGUGUCGUUCAAUUGUGAUGGUAAAAGCCACAGUGAGGAAAGUGAAACUGACGACUCCGACUCCGACUCAGAUGAUGGACAGGUCUCUUUGAAGCGGCUGCACUCUGUGGUGGUUGUGCCAAAGAAUUCUACUAUUACCCUUGAGACAACUGACCAGCCAACACCACCAGCUAGCCCAUCAGCUCUCUCUGGGCAACUAACUUAUCAGGCAGAUGAGUUGAGUAUAAGCAUUAACAGUGAGAUUUCUAAAAAUCUCAACACUCCAAUCACUCCAAAACCUGUAGAAUGUUCAGCUGAAGGAAGCAAACACAAUAUCUUGUCAGUUGCUGAGAAUAAAUGUAUGCCUUCUGUGCAAAUGCCCUACCAGUCCCAGAGCGACUUCGUUGACAGCACUAGCCAGUCUGAGGCAACCACAACACUGGCUCACACAGAACGGAACUGCACUGUCAAAGAAAGACCAAAGACUUGUGUCCCAAUCGACCAAGUACCUACCUAUACGCAGAGAGAGGCUGAAUCAGGUUGUCACCGGUAUCAUGACAAUCCAGACAGCUGGCAUGGAAGAAAGGGAGGAAGGGAACAAUUUGGAGAUUUCAGUUGCACAGAUGAUCUCAGGCCCCAGAAUGGUUUGAACCUGGCUUGUGACUUCACCCAAACAGAGCAGCCCAGCAGCACAUUUCAGCAGCCAGACAGCAGUCACAGCACUCAACAACCGUCGCAGAUAGGAAGUGCAUUUACCAGGCAAGAUAGUGGUUACUGGACCCAGGCAAAAGUCUCUGAUAAAAGCAUGUCAGUCAAUACACUUGUGCCUUCUCUUUGUCAUGAGACAGUGUGCCAGAUUCACCCUGACUCUUUAACUAAUGACCAUGAGGAAGAUUAUGAAGGAAAAGCCUUUGGACUUGGUGGUGGAGUUAUACCAUCUAGAAAACCUCCAGCAUCAGCGUUUGUCCAAGCCAAUGAGAUAAGCAGCAAUUGCAGCUUUGUAACAGCCACUGCUGAGAGUCAGAUCAUCUCAGAGCCUCCAAGGGAAGGCAGCCAAAAGCCUCAUAGAGGCAGAGGUCCACCCAAGAAAAGACGACCAGAACUGGAGUCAGAAUCAGACAAUGAGGCAGAGGCAGGUCUUGCUUGUAAGCGAGAAUGCUUAGAGGAGCGCGAGCGCUUCAAGGAUACGAAAGAGACCAAGAUAUCCUCACAGCAAGAAGAACAACGUCCACUGCUUAGUCUGAAAGAAUUUUUGGAUCCUGCUUUCUGGAAGGAAAAAGCUAAGCUUAAAAUGAUGCCUCCUUAUUUUGAUCUCAUUGAGGAAAACGUCUACCUGACAGAACGCAAGAAGAAUAAGUCUCAUCGAGAUAUUAAGCGAAUGCAGUGUGAGUGUGCUGUCCUUUCAAGAGAGGAGCGGGCACAGGGAGUUAUGGCUUGUGGAGAAGAUUGUUUGAAUCGCCUGCUGAUGAUUGAAUGCUCAUCACGGUGCUUAAAUGGAGUAUAUUGCUCAAACCGGCGCUUUCAGAUGAAGCAGCAUGCAGAUUUUGAAGUAAUUCUCACUGAAAGCAAAGGCUGGGGUUUGCGGGCUGCCAAAGACUUACAGCCGAACACAUUUGUGUUGGAGUAUUGCGGUGAGGUUCUGGAUCACAGGGAGUUCAAGUCACGGGUAAAAGAGUAUGCUCGCAGCAAGAAUGUCCACUACUACUUCAUGGCUUUGAAAAAUAACGAGAUCAUUGAUGCCACACUGAAAGGCAACUGCUCAAGGUUUAUGAACCACAGCUGUGAGCCCAACUGUGAAACUCAGAAGUGGACAGUGAAUGGUCAGCUCAGAGUUGGCUUCUUUACCACCAAAGCUGUGAAGGCUGGGACAGAGCUCACUUUUGAUUAUCAGUUCCAAAGAUAUGGGAAAGAGGCACAGAAGUGUUACUGUGGAGCACCGAGUUGCCGGGGCUUCCUGGGUGGGGAGAAUCGCGUCAGUGUACGGGCAGCGGUGGGGAAGAAACAAAGGGAGCGGUCUCGGAAGAAAGAAGCUGUCAGUGCACUGACUACAGUGGAUGAGGAGCUAGAGGCUCUGCUAGAGAAUGGGGAAGGUCUGAGUGACGAGAAGCAAGUGGUUUCACUCUGCAGACUGAUGGUGCGUGUGGAAACUAUGGAGCAAAGACUCACUUGUGUGAAACUCAUCCAGAAUACUUCAAAUUCUUCAUGCCUCAAGCAGUUUUUGGAUCAUCAUGGUCUCUCAUUGUUGUGGAUAUUCAUGGUUGAUCUCUCUGAAGCCAAAAGCAACUCUGUUAAUAACAUCAAACUGCAGAUGGAGAUAAUGAAGGCAUUAGCAGUGUUGCCCAUUUCUACUAAGAACAUGCUGGAAGAGAGCCGUGUGCUGCAAUACAUCCAGCGCUGGGCCCAGAGCCAUCAGCUUUGCCAGCCUACAGAGCAAGAUGGUUACUCCAGUGAGAGCACCUCCAGAGCCCACACACCUCUCAACACCCCAGACGGCCCCCCAGCCAAACUGGCGCCAGAGCUGGAUGGAGACACUCCAAAACGUGCUGUCUACCGCAGGCUGAAGAUCAUCAGUGAGAACAGCCUGGAUAGUGCGCUCUCAGAUGGAAGCAAGGUCUCUGAUGGUAAAGAGGAAGAAGAUGAGGAAGAGGAGGAGGUGGAGGAGGAGCCCUCACAGGAGGUGACAGCAGACACAGCAGAAAAAAAAGAGACCAGCGAGGAGAUGGCUGUGACCCCAGAGCCACUAGUGAAACAGGAAGCUUCAGAUGCUGUGGAGAGUAGUCAAGCAAAACUAGAGAUAAAGGAGGAGGAUGUUGAGCAGGAUAAAACAGAAGCACAGGAAACUGAGGAGAAACCAACUAGCAAGACAGAUGAGAAUCUGCCUGCUCUCAUGGAGGAGAACAGUGAAUCUGAGCCUGCAGAAAUAAAAACUCAAGUGCAGACACCUGCAAUAGAUCAACCUCAUGAUGCUGCCAGUGGCAAAGCUGAAGAAGACGCUAGCCCCUCUGUACAUCCCCCUGAUGAGAGCACUCCCAGCUCUGAGUCUUCUUCGGAGAAUGAGAGCACUGAGCCUUCAGUCACAAACAUCAUGGCUCCUUCCACCAUCAGCAGUGCACCUACAGAACCCCUUGAUGUCAACACGCCUUCAGAUGGUAUGGAAACUACACCUUCCGAGUCUACAGUUAACCAAGAAUCUUCACCUCCCAACUUGGAUAACAUUCCACCUAGUUCUGGUGCCAGCUCUGCAGAGAAAACAUCAGCUGAAGUUAGUGCUGUUACUGUGGAGAGUAGUCCUUCAGUUUCAGCUGUUGGCACAGUAGAGUUGCUGCCACUGGGGAUAGUGGCGACAGAGGGCACAGUGGUGGGCACACCUUCCCAGGAUGAGGAGGAAGCUGUAUCUGAUGUGGAAAGUGAGAGAAGCCAAGAGCCUCAGAUUGGAGCUGCUGACAUCAGUGAGAUGGCCACCCGCCUACUUGACAGCUGGAAAGACCUGAAGGAGGUGUACAGGAUCCCAAAGAAGAGUCAGGCCGAGAAAGAAUCUAAUGACCGCAGUCGGGACAGAGAGGCACUGCUGACACCCCGCACCUCCUCCAGCAGCCGUGAGAGAGAGCGGGACAGAGACAGAGAGCGGGAGAGAGAGCGGGACUGGGACCGAGAUCGAGACUGGGACCGAGAAAAAGACUCUGACAGGUCAUUGCUACGCAGUGCCGAAAGGCGGCGUAGACGAGGCUCCGCCUCUCCUCCAUACCCAUCUCCCUAUGAAAGGAGCAGCCGCAGAAAUGAAGACCGCUAUGAUUCAUCCAGCAGUAAGAAACCUCGAACCAAGGAGGCUCGUACCAAGCUUUCAACAGAGGAGCGAAGGAAGCUCUUUGAGCAGGAGGUGGCUCAGCGAGAAGCCCAGAAACAACAACAGCAGCAGCAGCAGCAACAACAACAGCAACAACAACAGCAGCUACAGAGACUAGCAUUCAAUCCUCUUGUGUAUCCCUCAAGCCCAGGCUUCAUGACCUAUCCACCUGGCUACCCUAUUCAGACGUAUGUGGACCCAUCUAACCCCAAUGCAGGCAAGGUGCUAUUACCUACACCGCCCAUGGAGCCUCUGUGUGUGACUCCAGCCGGCACAGUUUCCUUUGAUCAGACUACUCAGCCGCUCAUUUCUGACCUGACUCUGGCAGCUCAGUCCCCCAGCACCACUCAGGCCAGCUCAGCUACAAGUCUGGCACAUGUGCCUGCUACACUGGAGCUGGCAUCAUCUGCCCAGCCACAGCAGUUUGUCCAGCCAGCCGCACAAGCUCAGGACCCUGGCGUCACUGUCCUGUCAGUUCCUACUCAGACAGCUGGCACCCAAGUGCAGGGUCAGCAGGGCUAUGCAACACUUUGGGAUCCCAAUACACAACAGGCAGUGACCGUGCAGCCUGCUCAGCAGUACUCGAACACAGCCCAGCCACAGACUGCCAUUUAUUACCAAGGCCAACCAUGCCAGACAAUCUACAGCAUUCCUGCAGGUUACCCACAGACCAACACUCCCGUCAUUCAGACAUACACCGAGCCAGCCACUGCCUACCUACAGGGGCAGCAGGUCUACGCUGGUCACCAGCAGGGAGUGGUGGUCCAGCAAGGCGGCACAGUUACCACCAUAGUCACGUCUCAAACUGUACAGCAGGAAAUGAUCGUACCCAACAACAUCAUGGACCUGCCUCCUCCUUCACCUCCCAAACCUAAAACCAUUGUCCUGCCUCCCAGCUGGAAGGUAGCACGGGAUCCUGAGGGCAAGAUCUACUACUAUCAUAUAGUCACCAGGCAAACCCAGUGGGAUCCUCCUAGUUGGGAUGGAGUUGGGGAAGAGGCCAGUGUGGAGCAUGAGGCUGAGAUGGACUUGGGGACACCAACAUACGAUGAAAAUCCCUCAAAGUUUUCCACAAAGACAGCUGAGGCAGACACCUCCAGUGAGCUUGCAAAGAAAAGUAAAGAGGUCUUCCGCAAAGAGAUGUCACAGUUUAUUGUCCAAUGCCUUAAUCCGUACCGAAAGCCUGACUGCAAACUGGGCCGCAUUAGCAACACUGAAGAUUUCAAACAUCUUGCCAGGAAGUUGACUCAUGGAGUGAUGAACAAGGAGCUCAAAUCCUGCAAAAACCCAGAGGACCUAGAGUGCAACGAGAACGUUAAACACAAGACCAAGGAAUACAUUAAGAAAUACAUGCAGAAGUUUGGAGCUGUUUACCGGCCCAAAGAGGACGCGGAGGUGGAGUAGCCUCCUUCCUCUCAAUGCCGCAGGUAUCGAGCAGCAAACUACCCAGCAAAUCUCUGGGGCCUCUUAGUCCAUCUGUUUUUAUACUGACUCUCUGACCAUGUCCUAACUGCUGCUCUGAAAGUCCUGCCCCUGCACGGAGACAAGAUAAUCAUGCGAAAAAUCUCGCAGCCAGCAAGCAGAGAAACGUGCAGAAAACGCACAAAUAGGUGCUACACAGACUUUCCCCUAGAUAUCAUGUAUGCUUUUAGCCUUUUCCACGAUGACCUCUCUGCACUACGGUUUCAGCUUCAUGUUCACUCACAGGACCCGCAGCAGCUCAUUCAUCAGAUGGCUGGUGAGAACAUGGAAACUGGGAGUUCAUUCCAUUUCCUUCGUUAUCUGCUUGCAUGCAUUGCCAGUUGCCCUAGUUCAUGUUUGAAUUGUCUUAGUCAGUGGUGGCUUCUGUUAGCAGUCCUUAUUGAAGGAGACAGGCAUUUCCUUACCAGCUGUUAAUCAAGACUACCAGACGAAGGGGAAGCCAAGCCUGUCAGGUUGAGAUGGACUGCUGGAGUUUGUGAUUUUUGGUCUUUUUCGGGAUCAAGUGCGGUCUCAGGCUAUCAGAGGUUUGCGUUCAUCUUCUCUCAGAGCAUCAAGCAUGGCUCUACUGCCCAGUUCCUGCAGCACAGCCGAGGAUCUUGGGACAUUCCGUUUAGCUGCAUUUUUAAUAACUUUUAGUGAAUUGAAGUGUGAAGGACGUUUGUCAAUGUAUCCAUUCACUCUAAGCCACUCUUGGCCACUUUUAUUCUCCUCACAGCAGAGGCAUGUAGCAUUUGUUGUUUUAUCAACUUGUUUCUCGCUGUUUUACGUUAACUCCCAUUAACUAUUACUCUUUUACUAAGCUUCAGACAGGUAAAUGUGAAGCCCUCUAGGUGUGUUGGAACUUUUUCUUCCCCACAUUCAAGAUCAUCAGGGUUCUUGUACAAUAAUGGCAUCAUGAGCUCAUCUCACCUGUUUUUAAGUUGCAUUAAUCCCCCGCCCCCAAAAAACAUGUAUUAUAUUGCUUUAUAUGUGAAUAUAUUGAGAAAUAGUUUUUUGAAAUCCUUUAAAUAAGCAGAGAUGUUGUAAAAGGACUGUGGAGAUUGUGGUUUAUUGUGUAAAUAUGUGAAUACCAAACUAACAAAUAAGGUCAGUCCUCAGUCCAGCCAGCAGCUCUAGUACUCCCAUAGCAACCAGGAUUCCUUCCCACAGCUCUUUGUUGGGUUUAAAGGGGUGUGUGGGUGGUGUAUUUUUUUGUUGUUGUUGUCAUUUAUUCCUCCCUUUUUAUUUCUUUCUUUCUCUAUUGAAAGACAUUUUUUAUGUAUAAAAUGGAGUCCCACUCCACUGUAAGUACUGUGCAAGCACAUUGUCAUACUGAGUGUAAAGAACAUUUUAAAAUAAACUGUUUUGUAAAAAUAA